AGUACGUUAUGGAUGAUGGGAUAUCUGCGCAGUUCCUUCCUCGUGCCACUUAGUAUGGCUUCUUCCUUCCAUUGCUCUCCCAUGGAUUCCAAAGCUUUGCUCGCCGCCAACUCCAAACCCCCCGUCUUCUUUCCUGCAGCCGUCGCCAAAGCCUCACCGAACCCUCCCCCCGAUGCCUUCCGCUCCAAGCCCCGACAGCCUCCGGCCGUCCGAGCCCUCAAAGCCCCCAAAUUUGCCGAAGCGGACGCCUUCCCGGACUCGCUCCCCCUCCAUUCGAAGAACCCCCACGCCAUCUACAAGGACAUCCAGCGCUUCGCCCGCCUCGGCCAGCUGAAGAAGGCCCUCACCAUCCUCGACUACCUCGAGCACCGCGGCGUCCCCGUGAACGCCACCACCUUCUCCGCCCUCCUCGCCGCCUGCUCCCGCCUCAAGGCCCUCGCUUUCGGCCGCCAAAUCCAUGUCCACUUGAGGAUACACGGGCUCGAGAGCAAUGAGUUCCUCCUCGCCAAGCUCGUCGAGAUGUACGCCUCUUGCGGGUCGCCGGACGACGCAAGGCGGGUGUUCGCGGAGCUCUCUCCCAAGAGCGUGUACCCGUGGAACGCGCUGCUCAAGGGGAACGUCGCCGGCGGCCCCCGGUGGGGCCACGUACCGUUGGCUGUCUUCUCGGAGAUGCGGGGAAUGGGAGUGGAUGCGAACGAGUACACGUUCUCGUGCCUGCUCAAGAGCUUUGCGGGCUCGCCGGCCUUCGCUCAGGGCACAAAGGCGCACGCUCUCCUGAUCAAGAAUGGAUUUGCAAGUGCUUCUGUGCUCUUACAGACCUGUUUGAUUGACAUGUACUUCAAAUGUGGCAAGAUUCACAUGGCGAUGAAGGUCUUCGAUGAAAUUACCGAGAGAGACAUUGUUCUUUGGGGAGCGGUGAUAGCAGGCUUUGCGCACAAUGGGUUGAGAUGGGAGGCUUUGAAGUACUUGAGAUGGAUGGGAAGUGAAGGGAUAGAGCCCAAUUCGGUAAUAGUAACAUCAAUUCUUCCAGUGAUUGGAGAGCUCGCAGAACGGCAUUUAGGCCGUGAGAUUCAUGCUUUUGUGUUAAAGAGGUUCAGGAACUAUGACAAAAUGGUAUUUGUUCAAUCAGGAUUGAUUGAUAUGUACUGCAAAUGCAGGGAUAUGGUGUCGGGGAGGCGGGUUUUCUAUGGGUCUAAUGAGCGGAAUGCAGUGUCAUGGACUGCUCUGAUGUCAGGAUAUGCAUCAAACGGCAGGUUUGAACAGUCUCUGAGAUCAGUUGUUUGGAUGCAGCAGGAAGGAAUCAAGCCAGAUGUUGUCUCGAUUGCAACAGCUGUCCCUGUUUGUGCCCAACUGAAGGCAUUGAGACAAGGGAAGGAGUUACAUGCUUAUGCUGUGAAAAAUUGGUUCUUACCAAAUGUCUCCAUGUCCACUUCAUUGAUGACCAUGUAUUCAGCAUGUGGAAACUUGGAGUAUUCCUGCAGAUUGUUCGAUAUGAUGGAGAAAAAGAAUGUCCUUGCUUGGACAGCCUUGGUUGAUUCAUACCUGAAGAAUGGCUGCCCUUAUGAUGCAUUGCAUGUGUUUCGAUCCAUGCUCCAAGCUAACCGGAGGCCAGAUGUUGUUGCAUUAGCUAGGAUUUUGAACACUUGCGGUGAGAUAGGGGCAUUAAAACUUGGGAGGGAAGCACAUGGUCAACUGUUGAAAAUGAAACUAGAGUCAGCACCUAUUGCUAUAGCAGAAGUAGUGAAAAUGUAUGGCAAAUGCAGAGAUGUUGAGACGGCAAGGAAGGUGUACGAUAGGACCGAGACUAAAGGAUCUCUAAGUUGUACAUCUAUUAUAGAAGCUUAUGGUUUUAACUCUCAGUACAAAGAAGCUAUUUAUCUCUUUAAUUCAAUGCUAUUGAAUGGUUUUGUUCCAAACCAUUUCAUGUUUGAUGCAAUCUUGAGAAUUUAUGAGAGAGCAGAGUCGGUUGAUGCAGCUCUCAGAAUAUUUAAUAUGAUGAUCCAAGAGUAUGAUCUGAAGGCCUCCGAAGAAAAUUAUGACUGCAUUAUCAACCUUCUUACUCGUGUAGGUCGGAUCAAUGAAGCGCAGAAGUUUCUCUAUUUAAGAUCCAUGUUGCUCUCUGUAUGAUGUGCAUGUCACUUGAUUUCUGGCUGGGGAUGCUUCCCUUGAUAUGGUCUAUUUUCUGGAAUCUGAACAUUGAGUUGUUGAUUUGGAUCAGAGGGAACAGGUUCUUCAGAUAUCUAAUCAUUAGCAGCUGAACUGGCUGAUACUUGAAAAUGUUGUCCAAUCUCUCAAGAACUUAUUACUGUUCUAUAUGUUCAUUGCAGCUGAUGGAUCCAGGGAGGGGAGGAUCAUUCCCGUAUGCCUAACAACAUAAAGGAUCCAAGUUUGCUGUGAUUUAGUUUUUUAUUUUUUUGUUUAAAAAUACCAGUUCUCCGGGAGGGUAGGGGAAACAAUGUACAUACUAGACAACUGAAUUCCAAGUCUGAACUCCAUCCCUAGCUGUUGAAUUCUUCUUUUAUUAUUUGACACUACCAAGAAUAGCAUCACUGUAAGUUUUUCAUCUUACUUUUUGAUUUGAGUACAGCUUAUCGGAUGGCUAAGCAGGCUUAAACUGCUAAAACAGAUUGUUCCUUCACUUUGAUGUUUUGUAUAAUGAUCUCGUUAGGUUGUUCUGAUACAACCUGAAAGUUUUAACAUAUCUUUCUAUUUUUGAAAACAAAAGGAUGAAGCACCCAUUUUUCUGACAAUUUCUGAUCUCUCUAACUCUUUUCCUGUAUCAGCUGCAUCAGCAUAUAUUAUCUAUAAACCAAAAUCUUUGUGAAGAUAUUAUAGUGAUCAAUGUAUUGUGUCUACAGUUUAAGUAAUCAAAGGAACUAAAUCAUUAUUAGAACUAAAGCCUACUGCAAUGCGAUACAUUUUGCAAGUAAUAAAAAGAAUCAUGUCUAUGAUUCAUGGUUGUAGAGAUAAGAGGAAAUAUUUUCUUAUCAAUCAGAAAAUAUUUUUUCUCUCAUAUAUUGUGAUGGUAGCCUGUACAAAAGCGAAAAGCAUUUGAGUGGGAACAGAUGUUACACGAACCAGGACUUAGAAUAAGAACUUUUAAUUAUGCCCAGCCUUAGCAUUUGGAUUUGUUGAAAAUUUUGGAAGAGUUGAUGAUGAAAUUUAUGCAGAAUAUUAUGUAGCUCCCCUUAAAGAAUAAUGAUGAAUUGAUGAUAACAAAAAUGAUACAUUGAUAAUUAUGUCAAUUUUUGAUAUAUCUAUAAAAAGAUGACUUGAUUAGAAUAUAAAAUUCUUGACAAAAUUAUGGAACAAUCCUUUCUUUAGGUCUAACUAUUUCUUUUUUUUUAAUCCUUGAGAAGCAAUUCAAGUAAUGAGCAUGAAUCUUUAAUGACCACAAUCAGAGACCUUCCUGUAUCUCAAAGCAGCUGAUGACUCCAUUGCCUAUAGAAAUCUUGGCCUGCACAUUUGGCUUUCAGCAUUUUGCACUAUGUAUUCUGGUUCUUGUUAUCAAUCUGUAAUAUACUAAUAUGACAAGUUCAUUGUUUGGUUAAAUGCUUCAUACUUCUUGCAUGCCUGAUUUCUGUUUACAUUGUCUUAAUCUGUUGUAAUUUUGUUCUCAGUGAGUAUUAGCCUUAGAGAGGCAAAGACCGUCAGAUCAUGAAGAGGAUCUCUUUGCUGCAGCAGCAGCUGCUGCUGGUUUCCAUGUGAUGAACAAAGAGAGAAGCCAGAAUGCGUCAGGUUUUACGACAAUGCUGUCGAUAUUUGAAGCUUGGUUGGAGUCUGACCAGAUCUUGAGCUGCAAGAGGUGAAACCAUGUUGCUAAGUUGCUCAUCUUUAUGGAGCUAUGGCUUGCAAGGAAGCAUGCAAAGCUAUUACAGAUCUGUGAAAGUGUACCUACCACACUGUUCAUCUCCUGCUGCUGCUACUACUGCUGAAAUCUGAGGCACCAGUUACAUUUGGGGUACAUGUAGUGGAGGAGCUAAGGAAUCCCUUGUGAAUGUAGCCAAGAUACUUGGCUUUGUUUCAGAGGACAAAAACCUAAUUGUGACUCUUAGUUCUUCAUCUUUGGCCAUAGAAUCUAUUAUGUUAUGGUCAUCUUCAUGUACUACUACUCUUUACUAGAAUAUUGUUGGUGUCCUAUGAGCAAUGCACAAAAUUGCCUACAAGCUUUGGACAUCAUACUGCAGUUUCAAUUACACAAGCAAUCACCCAAGCAAGUCAUGUUUGAUCUUGGGUGAUAGAGUGUUCAUGAA